AUGAUAAAUUUCGAUAAUCUCUUUCGACGUUUAAUAUUAACUCAAUCAUUUGUACGUGGUUGGGGAAAUCCAUUUCAUUUACAAGAAAUUUUUACAUAUCGACGUGAAAAAAUUGGUGUCAGAGAUGAAUGUUUAAAACUUGUACCAGCUGAAAAUAUACAAGAAAAUACUGUUGAAAUAAUUAAACAAGAAAUAAAAGGUAAUCAAAAUUAUAUAAAUGGUCGAUUUCGUUCACCACUUGCUAAUUAUUUACCACAUUUGGUUCCACCUCAAGUAGCUACAGCUUAUUUUCAACUUGUUCUACCACGUGAUCAUCGUUUUGGUAUUGAUUCAAUUCCAAUAGGAAUUUGUUAUGCUGGAACAGGUGAUCAUGGUUUUAGUCGACGACGGUUAUUUACUGCAGUCCCAUUAAUUAAUCAAUAUCGUAUAGGUUCAAUUCUUCUUGAAAAUCCAUAUUAUGGUUUAAGAAAACCACCAGAUCAAUCUCGUUCAUCAUUAUUGUAUGUUACCGAUUUAUAUAUUAUGGGUAAAGCACUUAUUUUAGAAACACUUGUAUUACUUCAUUGGUGUCAAAAAAUGAAAUUAACACCAGCUAUUUUACAUGGUUUUUCUCUUGGUGGACAUAUGGCUUCAUUAGCAUUUACAAAUUGGCCUGGUCCACUUUCUCUUUUAUCCUGUGCUUCUUGGUCAUCAAGUUCAACAGUAUUUUGUGAUGGUGUACUUUCGCGUACUAUUCCAUGGUCUCUUUUAAAACGGCAAUUCUAUGAAAAUAAAGCCUAUCAAAUAUUUUAUGAUUAUUUACGUGAACGAAAUCGAUCAAUAGAUUCAAAUAAAAUUGUCCUCGAUCCUAUUAAAGAUAUGAUGCGUCUUCUUAUGGAUGAAUUUACAUCUUUACAUAAUUAUUCACGUCCAAUUCAAUCAAAUAUAUCUAAUGCUAUGUUUAUUGCUUGUACACAUGAUGGUUAUAUAUUACGUAAUGGUAUUCCACAUAUGAACGAUGUAUGGCCUGGUGUUCAUAUUCGAUAUAUUCCUCAUGGGCAUGUUAGUGCAUUUUUAUUUAAUCAAUCAGGUUUUCAUCAUGCUGUUGCUGAAAUGUUACAACGACAAGAAGCCAAUGUAAAACUAAAAAAAAAUCCAAUCAUAUCACCAAUUUCUAUUACUACACCUGAAAAUUCGUGA